AUGGAGCUGGAGAAAGAAUUGCUGGAACUGGAGCGCACUCACAAAGUGGACCUGGACAUAGAGGACGAACUAGAGCAGGAACUAGAGCGGGAACUAGAGCUGGAGACUGGGCUCGAGCCGGACCCGGAACUGGAACUGGAGCCGGAGCCGGAGCCGGAACUGGAACCGGAGCCGGAUCCGGAGCUGGAACUGGAGCCGGAGCCGGAGCCAGAGCCUGAGCCCAGGGACCCGGAGCAGCCCGAGUCUAGGACAGAGUCCCUCCAGCCCCACACGCCGCGGUACACCAGCCUCUGGAGUGUGCGGUCGCAUUCUAGCUACCUGAGUUUGCCAGAGGAGGACCAGGCGUCCACCAACCAUCGUUCUAUCCGCGUGCAGACCUCUAACCAUCUCUUCUGGGCAGACAAACACAUCCAGGCCUCAGAACGCAGCCUGCAACGGGCGAUCAGCAAUAACAUAGGUAAGACCACUAGCUGUCAGGACCAGGAGUCUGACCUCGAGGACGCCUGUGUGUGCUUCACAAAGCAAAUCGAAAACCCCAGUGCCCAGCCAGCGCCGCCCGCCGCUGACUCCCAGCAGCUAUCAAACCCCCCACCGCCCUCCUCCAGUCCCUCACCGGGCAUCGACCUGGCCGAUCUGGUCAACUUUGCCUCUUCCUUGGCCGUGGCCUCCUCCAGCAAGAUGGACUUGCCCAACUUGGAGCACAUGAUCAAAGCUCUGCCUCAGAAGGCGGAGGCACCUUCUACAGAUCCCGCCCCCCAGCUGGUGAUGGACCAGCCAGAGAAGGAAAAUCUCACUAAGGACCAGCCAGAGAAGGAAAAUCUCACUAAGGACUUGAUGGAGAAAUCUCUGGAAACUGAGGAGUCACAGAAAGCUUGGAAACAGGAAGACAAGAACAUCUUCCGCCCUUACCUGGAUUUCAGCAAGCCGGGGAUCAAGAGGGCCACCAUAAAAGGAGAAGUGCAGCUUCUCCAGCAGCCGGCCAGGUCCCCUCCUCCUAAAGGAGCCGUGAAGGGCUCGGUGCCGGGAACCAGGAAAGGGAGUCCAUUAUUGCUGAAAAUCCAUUUUAAGGUGUCGUCCCCCACUUCCCCAGUGAAAUGACUAGACAAAACCAGUAAAAGCCUCCAGUGCUGGCCCUCGGCUCAGACUUUUUGUGCAAAUGCUCCCGGACUAGUGAGCUCACGUGGCUGCGCGUCCUGAUCUCGAUUUCUUAGGGAUGCCACCCUCCAUGGGUUUUUUUUUUCUUUCAAGACUUUAUUUAAAUUCUAGUUGUAUUCGUUUUCUGUAGUAUUCGUUUCAACCCAUCCCUAUUUUUUAGCUGCCCCAGCCCACCUGCCCACCCUGUCCCUGAGGGCUCUGCCAGCCCUAUUUGGCCCCUCCUCACUCCCUUCCGGAACUCUCAGCCAGUGACAGAGACUCAUGACCCUGUCUGAGGCUUCAGGUGUCUUUUCUUUUCUUUUUUUUUUUUUUUUAAGAUUUUAU